AUGAGCAUGACGAAACGUCAACUCGAUCGCAUCAUAACAUUCAGAGAUGACUUAAGAAUGCGGGGAAAAGACGCGAUAACUGCUGAACGCUUCUCACCAGUAGCAAAAACAGUACUCGAUAUGCUCCAUUAUCGGAUGAUUAAUGCUAGAAGCGAGCAAAUUGCGACCGCCCAUGUAGAAACCUCCUGA